AUGCGGUCCUGGCUUAUGCAUUGGUAUCAAGUUGCCGACAACCUCUUCACGAAGUUCAAUGUCUCUGUCACGGCACCAGAACCAGAUUGGUUCAUGAGACCUCGUUCGCGCCCCGAGUCACCGCCGAGACCAGCCAAGCAGACUGAAAGCACGGCAGAACACCCGCCGUUGCCCAUUUCCAAUCUCACAACGAACUCGGGAGUAGACGAUAUAAACCGCCUGGCCGCACCACUGCCCUCGAGGGUACUUGACCAGCUUAACCACCGAAUUGAAGCAAUUGGGGUCAAUAGCCAUGGUCGGCCAGCUGUAUUCGACCCAACGCCAGGUGGCCGAUCAUUCUCUUCCCGGGGACGUUUUGAGAGUGCAAGCACCAGUGGUGUUUCAAGGCCAUGGUCUCGCUACAAUCAUACUGUUGGGGGAACUUCACCUCUCGGUGUUACAGACACGACCUCUUCUCAGCAUAAUCCUCUACCUCAGCAAUCUGUGACUCUGGAGGAUUGGGAUGAGGAAGAUCUGUUUGAGUAUUCCAGCGACAUCUCCUGCUCGGUUUGCGAAUCGCUCUUUGAUUGA